GUGGUGGGGGCGCUGGGCUCUCCGCCUCACUGGCAGCUGCGGGGCUCCUGGACCUCUGACCCUGGACUCUCGGCGCCGCCGGCAGCAGCCCCCGCGGGUCGUCGCCCGGGCCGCUCACGGUUCUCCGGCCCUUCGGGGCCCUGCCGGCCGCGGUGCAGGGAGCGGGCAGCAUGAGCCUGGGGGCCCGGCGGGCCGGCUCGGGGCGGGGGGCGGCCGCGGUGCGGCUGCUGGUCACCCUGAGCCUCCUCCCGGGCGUCGUCGAGGCCCAGGUCAUCGGAGUCCUGGAUGAUUGCUUGUGUGACAUUGAUAGCAUCGAUAACUUCAACACCUUCAAAAUCUUCCCCAAAAUAAAAAAAUUGCAAGAGCGAGACUACUUCCGUUAUUACAAGGUUAAUCUGAAGCGACCGUGUCCUUUCUGGGCGGAAGAUGGCCAUUGUUCAAUAAAAGACUGUCACGUGGAGCCUUGUCCAGAGAGUAAAAUUCCUGUCGGAAUUAAAGCUGGGAGUGCUAAUAAGUACUUGAAAGUGGCAAACAAUACCAAGGAAUUAGAAGAUUGUGAGCAAGCCAAUAAGCUGGGGGCAAUUAACAGCACAUUAAGUAAUCAAAGCAAAGAAGCAUUCAUUGACUGGGCAAGAUACGAUGACUCACAGGAUCACUUUUGUGAACUUGAUGAUGAGAGGUCGCCAGCUGCCCAGUACGUAGACCUGUUGCUGAACCCAGAGCGCUACACCGGCUACAAAGGGCCGUCUGCGUGGCGAGUAUGGAACAGCAUCUAUGAAGAAAACUGUUUCAAGCCUCGAUCUGUUUAUCGUCCUUUAAAUCCCCUGGCACCCAGCCGAGGAGAAGAUGAUGGAGAAUCAUUCUACACUUGGCUAGAAGGUUUAUGUCUGGAGAAAAGAGUCUUCUAUAAGCUUAUAUCAGGACUUCAUGCCAGUAUCAACUUACAUCUAUGCGCAAAUUAUCUUUUGGAAGAAACCUGGGGUAAACCUAGCUGGGGACCUAACAUCAAAGAAUUUAAACGCCGCUUUGACCCUGUGGAAACCAAGGGAGAAGGGCCAAGAAGGUUAAAGAAUCUGUACUUUCUGUACUUAAUUGAGCUGCGAGCUUUGUCAAAGGUGGCACCGUAUUUUGAGCGCUCCAUCGUUGAUCUUUACACUGGAAAUGUAGAAGACGAUGCUGACACAAAAUCCCUCCUCCUGAGUAUCUUCCAGGACACAAAGUCCUUUCCCAUGCACUUUGACGAGAAGUCCAUGUUCGCAGGUGACAAAAAGGGGGCCAAGUCAUUAAAGGAGGAAUUCCGGUUACAUUUCAAGAACAUCUCCCGUAUAAUGGACUGCGUUGGAUGUGACAAAUGCAGACUGUGGGGGAAAUUACAGACUCAGGGGUUAGGAACUGCCCUGAAGAUACUAUUCUCUGAAAAAGAAAUCCAGAAGCUUCCAGAGAACAGCCCAUCGAAAGGCUUCCAACUGACUCGACAGGAAAUCGUUGCUCUUUUAAAUGCUUUUGGAAGGCUUUCUACAAGUAUAAGAGAAUUACAGAAUUUUAAAGUUUUAUUACAACACAGUAGGUAAUAAAGGCUUUUGUAUGUCUAAUUAGAGACAUAAAGUGACUACAUGAGGACUUUUACUCCUGGACAUUCAGCAAAAGGAGACUAAUCUUCAAAGACUUCAAGAAUUUUGAACUCUUAAAGAGAAAAUUCAAAUGUUCACUUGAAUAUUUAUGAUUCUUAAUAGACUGUCAAUUAGAGGUAUUUAUAAAAGAAAUAUAUACUUUUAAAACAUGUAAGUUAUGCUAAUUCUGUGUUGAAUUUCAUACGUUUCUAUCUGUUGAAUAUUCUGCUGUUUGUUUAGAAUUGGUUUUGUUCUUGUUUUAUUAUGCUUUAUUUCCAGUUGUCAAACUGAAAUGACUAUGUCUCCAUCCUAGUAACACUGUUAACAGUCUGUUAUGGAAAAGGGGACUGGGGAACAAGUGUUGUUUAGGGCUGGUCUCAGUGUGACCGUUCAUCAGUGACUGACGUGUGUGUAGCCUCGUCUGGCUCGGUGUCACCUUCUAGGGCGUGGAGGUUGUUUGUGUGAUGAGUGGCCUGUUCGGUGUGAGGCUUCAGAAGUUACUUAAGAAGCCUCAGGACUUCAACUGCAGUUUCAUUGGUUUUUAUCUCAGUUUUUAGUGGCUGUUGUAGUUUUGUUUUGGUCUAAAGGACCUGCUUCGGUAAAGGUGAGUAAGUACUGCCCCCUGCACCGCCAAGACAGAUUUCCUGUGUGGAGAGGGCUGGCUCAGGAGGGCUCUUUUCUAAUAACCUAGGCCUCAGUAUCUUUUGAUUUUGUGUUUCUUUGUUUCUACUCCAAAUUUAGAAAUUUUCAUUUACUCUAAAAAAAAAAAACCCACCAAAAAAUGCAUAAAUAUUUAACAGUUUCUGUCUUGAUAAAAUUUGGGAUUUUAUGGGUUUAUAAUGCCAAUUUAAAACAUAAUAUGCACAAAACUUACUAUUUUAAAUUAACAUAAGCAUUUUUAAAGGAUUUUAUUUUAGAACACAGUCUAUGCAAUCCUCUCAAUCUGAUUUUUUGGUAGGAGAUUUAAGCAGGUAGAUUAGUUCAAGACUCUUAAGCACGCCUCUCCCCACUUUGUCUCUGUAGCUCAUCGUACAUAAAUGGUAUUUUGGGUGAUACGUAACAACUGAUGACUCAUCUGUCCUAAACAGUCAUUUUCUAAACCUGGAUUUCAAUAUCCUCAAUAUUUAAAAUAUUGAUUCUUUAAAAAGAUGUUAGCAGAUGCAAUGUGAGCGGAUGCUAGUAGGUGCAGGGGAGUUAAUUUGGAAGGUUGCAUCUGUGUAGAAGUGAUAUGGGUAUAAAAUACGGAGUUUUUCCUUAGACUCUUCAAUCUUAUGAAGUCAGUAAAGUGCUCUUAAACCCAUUUUCUUCUCCUGCAAAAGUCUGAAAUGUGUUCAUUGAUGUAGUGGUGUACUUUAAAUUGUAUUUAGUUGACUUACCCCUCUUUUAAAAAUAUUUAGUCACCCUUGGAGGGAGGGAUGUGGUUGGACAGAGUAAGUUCUCACUAGCUAAUUGUUUUCUUACCCAAUUUCUGAUCUUUAUAGAGCUGGGUUGUUGUUGGUGACGGUUUUUUUGUUGUUGUUGUUGCUGUUGUUUUGUUUUUUUUAACGCUGAAUACAACAGGCUGGCUUGAUCGGAGCCUUCUCUCCUUACUCUCUUCAUUUAUAAGGAUGGUAGGAGAAAGGGACCUUCAGGUAAAUGUGAAGUGAAUAAGUAAUAUUGCUGGUAAAUUAAUAAGAAUUAUUCUUAGUGUUCAUUCAGAGUUUAAGAAAAUGUGAAAAUGUUGUACUUUGUCUAUUUUUACUGUAAAUUUAAAAAUCUUUUUGGUAGCAUUACUUCACUGUUACCUCAGUUAAAGGUAAAGCCUAUUAUUUAAACUGUAUUUACUGGUAAAAAUCUUUGGUCAUUCCCAUUUAUUGCUUAUUUCUUUACUUUGAUUUGCUUUAAACUUAGGAAAAAAUUGUGUAUUAGAGUGAGUUCUAGGAAAUCCAAAAGUCUAGCUAGGGUAAAGUUCGUUUCAAAAUUUACACAGAUUUUUUUCACUACCAAGAAAAUAAAAAAAUUAAGUAUGUUUAAGCUGAAAUUUAUUUUAUUAACUUGGGUGCAGCCUACAUUUGUGUGUGU